AUGAAGUUCGUCCAAAACCUGGCAGGUUAUCCUCGCCUGCUUCUGGCUGGUAACCCCUCGAGCAAAGACUUGGCCACACUGUUGGUUGCCAUUGUAUCUGCAAUAGCCUCUGGAGUACCAUUUCCAUUGAUUGGAAUUAUAUUCGGUCAAUUACUCAAUGAUUUUAACUCAGUGACCUGCAAGGAAUCGUCCGAUAGCUCAGCUUCCAAUUCUGAAAGCCAACACGACAUCAACAAGAGAAUAUUGUUGAUUGUUUAUCUUGCCAUUGCUCAGUUUGUCUUGAUAUAUACGCACCUAUCGUGUUGGAGUCUCUAUGGUGCUCGACUGGCGCAGCGACUACGGGAAAGAUAUCUACAAAAUUUGCUUCAGCAAGAACCAUCAUACUUCGACAAUCUACCUCCAGGAGAAGUUGCGUCUCGACUAAGCAGUGACAUUCAAAGUAUUCGUUCAGGAACAUCAGAAAAAGUGGGAAUUUGUCUCGCUAGUGUAUCGUUCUUCGUUACGGCAUAUAUCGUGGCUUUCAUCAAAGAUUAUAUACUCGCAGCGGAAUUAAUCUCUUUGAUCCCAGCAUAUUUUCUGAUGUCGUUUGUGGGUAGCCACUAUAUUGAGAAAUAUUCCGGGUUGAUGUCGGAUUAUGCUGCUACAGCUGCUUCUAUUGCCUCAGAAGCUCUGUCCAAUAUUCUCGUCGUACAAGCGUUUGGUGCAAAUCGGCGACUGGAAAGCAAAUUCGCCAAUGAUCUCAAAUCAUCGGAACGUGAAGGGUUAAAGAAAGCUACAGCAGUUGGUAUACAGUCUGGUGCACUGUACUUUAUUGCUUAUUCCGCGAAUGGUUUGGCCUUUUGGCAGGGAAGUAAACGAAUUGCCGACGCAGUGCGUGAUGGUUCGACUGGAGCCACCGUUGGUUCUACGUUCACGGUGAUUUUUAUUCUCAUUGAAGCUACAUUGCUCCUAAGUCAAGUAGCUCCAUUCCUCCACCUAUUUGGGGCAGCUGUUGCCUCUUUCCAAAAGUUGCGUGAAGAUAUGGAUCGUCAGUCUUUGAUCAAUGGAACCAGCAAUUCUGGGGUGCGUCUAUCGCAAGCGCAAGGCGGCUUCGAGUUUAAGAACGUUUCAUUUACGUACCCUGCCAGACCAGAGAUUACGGUUCUUGAUGGGAUCAAUCUGACCAUUCCCCCUAAUAAAAAUACUGCUAUUGUUGGACUCUCUGGUAGUGGCAAGUCAACCAUCGCCGGAUUGGUUACAAGACUCUAUGACCCGACUGAUGGCCAAAUAUUCUUUGACGGAAAAGAUGCACGCGAUAUAAAUGUUCGAGAUCUUCGAGGUUUCCUCAGUCUCGUGCAGCAAGAACCCUCUCUCCUCAACCGCUCUCUUCUAGAGAAUAUCGCACAUGGAUUGGUAAAUUCUAGCGACCCCAAAUACACACACUUGAAACAGAAACUACUGGGCUCUGAACUCGCAGAAUUGGCAAAAGAGAUUAGAGAAGGGAGAGAUUUGCAAGCUGCGGCAGAAGAACGAGGCGCAGAUGUUGUUGAGAUUGUUCGCUUGGUGAAGCAUGCUGCGGUACUUGCCGAUGCAGACUCUUUCAUCACUGCAUUACAACAGGGCUACGGCACGACUGUAGGCGCCAGUGGCCGUCUCAUUAGUGGUGGCCAGAAGCAGCGAGUUGCACUUGCUAGAGCUCUAGUGAAAGAUCCUGCGGUUUUGAUUCUAGAUGAAGCUACAGCAUCCCUGGACUCGCAGAGUGAGCAACGCAUACAAAGGGCAAUCAAUAACAUCUCCAGCGGUAGGACAAUGAUAACAAUUGCCCAUCGGCUAUCAACUAUUACCACUGCCGACAAUAUUGUUGUCAUGCAGAAGGGACGUAUAUUGGAGCAGGGAACACAUUCUGAGUUGAUGGCCAAGAACGGAGCGUACGCGGACCUUGUCAGACUGCAAACCCUUGGAUCAUCUUCUCGAAGACAGGAUGAGAAGACAGUCAGGACUGAAAUUGACGAAGUAUCUGGACGAAAUUCUUUGACAUCUACCACAUAUGAAAAUGACUCAAACGGUGAGAACGAGAAGACCGAGACAAAGAUCGCAUCUACGACCGAAGGCCAAGUUACCGACAGCUCAUUAGCAGAUGAACAAGAAGAACCAGAGAGCCCUUCCAAGUCUUUGUGGGCACUUGUUCGAGGAUAUGCACCCGCUGGAAGACCUCACCUACUUAUUGUGCUCUUUGCCCUUGUUGGCUCGAGUAUUGUCGGUGGAGCGUUCUCUGGCGAAGCUGUGAUCUUCGGAAAUACUGUAGGAAGUCUAAAUCCCUGCAAGAGUCCCAAUAGCAUAGACUCCCGUGGUAACUUCUUUGGUCUCAUGUUUUUUGUCCUUGCAAUUAUUGAGUUCUUUGCAAACUUGGUUAGUUGGUCAGGGUUCGGCUGGGUCUCGGAACACAUGGUGUACACUGUACGCGUGUUGUCGUUCCGAUCACUUUUUGAGCAAGACCUUGAAUGGCAUCAGUCAAAAGGACGGACACCUGCUGUACUUCUCUCUUAUAUCACUAGCGACGGUAAUGCGCUAGCUGGUUUGAGUGGCUCUGUCAUCGGGACAUUGUUAUCAAUCACAAUUAACCUCAUUGCGGCGAUUAUCUUAACUCACAUCAUUGCUUGGAGAAUAGCCCUUGUUUGUCUGUCUCUCGUGCCACUACUACUUGGAGCCGGGCUGAUGGAACUUCGCGUUCUUGGAAAAUUCGAGGAACGGCACGAAAAUGCCUACACAACUUCGGUCGAUAUAGGCGUUGAGGCUAUUACGUCUAUUAAAACCAUUGCUUCUCUUUCUCUGGAAGAAGAGACGCUGAGUACAUACCGAAAGUCCCUGAAAGGACCCCGCAAAGAGACGCUCACAGUCACCUUGCAAGCAAGUCUUUGGCAAGCAAUGACAUAUUUCCUCGGUAACUGUGUGAAUGCACUUGCGUAUUGGUGGGGUGCGAAACAGAUCAUAGCAGGCAACUACACUCAGACCCAGUUCUUGAUUGUAGUAUUCUCCCUUCUUGUCAGCGCGCUUCUUUGGAGUCAAAUGUUUGCUCUCGCACCAGAGCUGUCUAACGCCAGAGCGGCAAUGACUAGGAUCCUAGGACUCAUUGAGCUAGGAUCUGACAAGAUGCAAGGUCCCAUACCUGAAUAUUCGUUCACCGUGCCUUCUUCAGAAACCCCAGCAGAGAAAGAUAUCGAAGCAAUCGCAGCAUCAAGAUUAUCAUCGCCAUCGGGAGGCGAGGCGGCAAGUGUGCAGCUUCGCGACGUUCACUUUUCAUAUCCCGCAAGGCCAGAUAUCAAAGUGUUGAACGGUUUGAGCGUUGAUAUACAACCUGGGAAAUUCUGUGCACUUGUUGGUCCAAGUGGCGCCGGAAAAUCAACCGUCAUCUCCUUGAUUGAACGACUAUAUGCUCCUCAGUCCGGGUCGAUCAUCGUCGAUGGUGUUGACGUAUCAAAAACGCGAGACUUUACCUUCCGAGAUACGAUAGCCUUGGUACCUCAAGAAAGCGUACUCUUCGAAGGGAGCAUCGAGUUCAACAUCGGUCUGGGCGCUAAGCCAGGACAUCAAGCGACCCUAGAUGAAAUUAUAGAAGCAUGUAAACUUGCCAAUAUCCACGAUACCAUUGAAGCAUUACCAAAUGGCUACCAAACUCUCUGCGGCCAGAAUGGAAGUCAAUUCUCCGGAGGCCAAAAGCAACGAUUAUCCAUUGCCCGAGCACUAGUCCGGAAACCCAGAUUAUUGAUUCUAGAUGAGUCCACGAGUGCAUUAGACGCGGAAUCGGAGAAGUUGCUUCAGGACGGACUGGAGAAGGCUGCAAGAGGGAUUACUGUCAUUGCGAUUGCGCAUCGUUUACACACUAUACGGAAAGCUGAUAUCAUCUUCUUGAUUGAGGCAGGGAAAUGUGUUGAUCGCGGAUCGCAUGAUGAAUUACUCCAGCGGUCUGAGAGUUAUAGGUUGAAUGUUAUGCAUCAGACAGUAGGAGAGUGA